AGAUAGUAUAACAACGAGACUCUUCCCGUUAGCUUCGCGGGCGUAUGCUAGUUAACUUUCCUAAUAUUGUGUGACCAUGUUUUGCAAAACUGAUUAGUUAAAACAUGGCGCACAAGCCCAUCAGAUUGUGUUUGUUUUCCAUGGACCAUCCUGCUGGUUUGCCUUCAUGUCAUUAAAGCUACAUUUGAUAAUGGAACCUAAAGCGAAUUUUUAUCAUUGAAAUCUUGUGUAGUAAUACAAUACUCCUUUCUUAAGAUGUAUAUUUUUCGACACACUACAUGAAUGUAAAUUUGUAUCAUUGUAGUCUUGGUAUAGCAACACCAUACCCCUUUCUCAGAACAUAUGAUUUCCGACUCUACAAAUGCAACAUCAUCUAGCAAAUGCUGUUAUCUUAUCGACAUAUGUCGGUUGCGGGUUGGACCUCCCUCGUAUCACACGCAAACAAAACGUAAACUGUCAGAUGCUGUUGAUGUUUUCAUGUGGAGGUUAAGAAAAUUAGAAGGAAUUUUUCAGUGAGAACUACUGAUUUACGUUCCAAAACAAUUGGCGUUGGAGAUGGCAUCUACAGGAGAGGAAGCGGCACAUGCACUGUCUGGCGAGAUAGAAAUCAAAGAGGAACCAAUAUUGACUGACCCCUACCAGCAAUCACUGGAAGAAAUUGAACAGAUCUUCAUAAAAGAAGAGAACAUUAAAUUGGAAAUUCCUGAAGAUCUCGAGGCAUGUGAUCCACUGCAGUUGGAGGAAGAAGAACUCAAAACUGAAGCAGAAUCAACAGGUCAUGGCAGUGAACCAGAAAGUGUUUUCGCCGUUGGCCUGGAGGACGACAACAGAACUGGUGGCGGUGGCAGUCUGUUUACACGAUUUGGCCUACCUACAGGAAUGGGCAACACCACAGAGUGCACCAUCGAGAAGGAUGCAUUCUGUGAGGUGAAAAACGGGGGAAGUCACGACACUCUAUAUUCCUGCAGUGUGUGUCCCAAAACAUUCAGAACUAGGCUUGGCUUGAAGACACACUCACGGUCACACGGGGGAGAACGUCCCUAUAAAUGUGAAGUGUGCCACAAGGUAUUCAAGUUUCGCAGCAAAUUGAGGAAACACUCGCAAGUGCACACGGGGGAACGUCCAUACACUUGUGGUGUGUGCAAUAAGGCAUUCACAGAAAAGUGCCACCUCAAGAGCCAUUCGCGACAGCACACAGGGGAACGACCAUAUGAGUGCAGUCUGUGUCAAAAGAAAUUCUUGUAUAGCUCCAGCUUGAACAUCCAUUUACGUCUGCAUACUGGAGAGCGGCCGUUCGCCUGUAGCGUCUGUCCUAAGACAUUUACGCAAAGUUCUGUGCUGAGGAAUCAUUUGCGAAUGCACACAGGGGAGAGGCCGUACAGUUGCAGAAUUUGUCAUAAGAAAUUCUCGCAAGAAAGCAGUUUGAAGAAUCAUAUUAAUGUCCACACAGGCACCCGCCCAUACAGUUGUGAUUUGUGUCAGAAGAGCUUCAAGAGCAGAGGCAGCCUCUGGAACCACUCGGUAAUACACAGCAAACCGUCUCAAGACCUUCAGACAAACGUGUAGUCGGAUGAGACACUCGCAGCUGCACUCCAGCUAACGCCCUUUCUGCUGUGACGUGUGUCAUAAGUGAUUUAAUACGAGGCAUGACACUGAAAGCCACACUGAAUCUCACGUCAUGCGUGGUGAAAGAACUCCUGAAGUAUGCACCUUUAUUAUAAAGCUUUGGCAAAAAAUGGCUUUUACUCUCCGUUAACGAUAGCGCUACACUGAUUUGCCUUUUUUUGCUUUAGACAGCUAACUGCCUUAAACAGAAUGGAUAUUACGAACUCAAGGCAAGAGUUGGUCAAGAACAUGGAAUAAUGUAGUGCCGUGACAUGCUUCUGAUUCUCUUUCCAUCUGUGAAGCUAUUAGACCAAUGCGCGAAACCUAAGGACGAAAAUAGAUUUCCCAUGAUGUGUCACUGCCAAGUAACAUAGCCUGAUGAAACUUUGAACAUAUAUGGGAAGAACACCUGUUGUAUUGUACAUUAAGUAACUGAAAGAAAUACACGACAAGAUGAACAAAGGAGACGCGGUGUAUUCGAAGAUAACGCGAGGGGCGUUCAGUAAGUAAUGUAACACAUUUUUUUCUCGCCCACUUUCGGUUACAAAAAUGUGGAAUUUGUUGUGAGACAUCGUGAAUAUUCACUCUGCAACCCCUACAGUUCCAUGCAGUUCCGAUAGCUGGCAGCACUGUAAGGUGAGCAUAUCAUCUUGAUUUUUGUGAGUUAUCGAUGUGCAUGUCACAGAGAGAGAGAGAGAGAGAGAGAGAGAGAGAGAGAGAGAGAGAGAGCAAGUUGUGUUGCAGUUUUGCAGUUAAUCUUCGGUCGUGCUAUGACACAGUCUUUGCCACCGCGCAGUCUGGCAAGUUCUUACUGAAGUAUGGUAGGUGACGGAUGUAUUCAGAAGUGCUGUGUUGACUUGUGAUUCUAUCUGUUGCGAGAAAGAUUUAUUGUAAGGGACAGGAGAGAUGAAUUGAAUGAAUGAUAUAUUGAAAGGCGAGAAGAAUAUAAAGUUUGAGUUUUUUUU